UUCAGUCGGCUGUUGAGUUCGAGGCGAGUGUGACGUGAAUUAACAGAAAAAGUGUUCGAUAAACGAGAGCGAGAGUCGGUUUCUUGUCGUCGUUAUCGAGGUUACGACACUAUUGCGAGUGAAUCAAGUGACGAACAAAAUAUUAACACAAAAGAACUCGAGAAAAAUUAAAGAUGAAUAAAUUUCAAAGAAAAACUUUGUUUGAUCAUAGAAUUGCAAUUGUGGUGCUUGCACUUGUCUUCACAACGACUUCCGCACAAUCAAAGGAAGACUUCGAAUGUCCCACAGAUGCCGGCAAUGGAAAUUUUGCUGAUCCCGUCACAUGUCGACGAUUUUAUCAGUGUGUGGAUGGUUAUCCAUAUUUGAAUCGCUGUCCAUCAGGACUUUAUUUCGACGACAUACAAAAGUUUUGUACAUUCAAAGACGAAGCUCGUUGCGGUCCAAUUGCAACCACUGUUUCGCCUGCAACUGAAGCUCCAUUAGAUUUAGCGCUUAAAUGUGAUCUAUCCGAAUGUGAGUUGCCGUAUUGUUAUUGUUCAAAGGAUGGAACAUUUAUCCCUAAGGAUCUUGCUGCGGAAGACAUUCCACAAAUGAUUCUUCUUACAUUCGAUGGUGCUGUCAAUCACAACAAUUAUGAUCAUUACAUGCGAGUCUUAGACGGACGUUACGCAAAUCCAAACGGAUGUCCCAUCAGAGGAACUUUCUUCAUCAGUCAUGAAUACAGCAAUUAUCAGCAAAUUCAAAAUCUUUCUCACGCUGGCAAUGAGAUAGCUGUGGAAACCAUCAGCUUACAACAAGGAUUGCAAGAUAAAGGUUACGAGGAGUGGGUGGGAGAAAUGAUUGGAAUGAGAGAAAUUCUACGUUAUUUCUCUAAUGUCUCCAAUUCAGAAGUAAAUGGAAUGCGUGCGCCUUUCUUGAAGCCAGGACGUAACACGCAAUAUAAAGUGGUUGAAGACUUUGGUUUCAUUUAUGACUCAUCGAUUGUUGUACCAUCUAAUAAAAUUCCCGUUUGGCCUUACACUUUAGACUACAAAAUACCACAUGAAUGCAAGAGUGGAACUUGUCCAUCGAGACAAUUCCCUGGUGUCUGGGAAGUUCCAUUGAAUACACAUUACGUUGAGUCGUUUGAAGGUGGAGUCUGUCCAUACCUUGACCAAUGUGUCUUACACAAUCACGAUGCUGAUGAGGUGUUGGAAUGGCUACAAGAAGAUUUCUCCCGAUAUUAUGAACAAAAUAAAGCUCCAUAUAUGAUGGCUUUCCAUACAAACUGGUUCCAGAUUAAGGAAUUAGAACAGGGAUUACAUAAAUUCAUAGAAUGGGCGUCACAAUUGCCCGACGUAUGGUUUGUGACGACAACACAGGCACUUCAAUGGAUGACCGAUCCCAAAAGAAAUAAAGAACUUGCAGCAUUUGAAGCUUGGGAUUGUCGUAAACCACAAACAAAUACGCAACGUCCAUGCAAUCUUGGAAAUAAAUGCGCGUUGUCAUUCAAGUUAGGAAAUAUCACCGACACAAGAUAUAUGGAGACUUGCCAAGAUUGUCCAAACAAGUACCCAUGGCUUGGAGAUUCCGAAGGUAGUGGCAUUCCGGGACGUGACAAUUACAUUUAUCAGAGCAAAGAGCCCGCGCCAAACGAGGAAAGUGAAAGCGAAACGACAAAAUAGAAGAAAUUUUUUUUGAAAAAUGUCCGCAUCGUGAGUGCGAAAAGCAAACUUAGCGAUGCCUUACAUCAAGUAAAUAAUAACACACAAAAUUACACUUACACACACACAAAUGACUAUUGACACAAAGACAUAUUAUUUACUAUAUCACCACAUUAAGUGCGAUGAUUAUUUUUAUUAAAUUAAUAGACACGAGGGAGAAGUAAGUUAAUUCAUUCUUCCUUACUUCGAGAUCAAGUUUUUGAUGUAAUUUAAUUAAUUUAAAGAUGAGAUGUGCUUGAGAAGGAAUAAAAGUUUUAUUGUUAUUUGGUUGGAAUACAAAACGAUAAGGAA